AUGUUCAAUCGUUUAAACAAAUUCCAAGCUGCUCUAGCGUUGGCCCUUUACUCCCAACGUGCAUUGGGAGAAUCCUAUGGUAACAGCACUUCUUCCGAUGUCUUGAGUACCAUUACUUCUUCGGCUUCUAGCGCAAGUGCUACCGCGUUCAACUCACUUUCUUCCAGUGACGGUACUGUUUAUCUGCCAUCUACAACAAUCAGUGGCGAUCUUACGGUCACUGGUAAAGUAAUUGCAACCGAAGCGGUCGAAAUCGCUACCGGUGGUAAAUUGACUCUUCUUGACGGUGAAAAAUAUGUUUUUUCAUCCGAUCUGAAAGUUCAUGGUGAUUUGAUCGUAGGAAAGUCAGAAGCAAGUUACGAAGGUACCUCCUUCGACGUCUCCGGUGAAACAUUCGAGGUCUCGGGUAACUUCAGUGCCGAAGAGUCGGCUGCUGUUUCUGCAUCCAUCUAUUCCUUCACACCUAGCUCUUUUGAAAGCAGCGGUGACAUUUCUUUGAGUCUGUCGAAGGCCAAGAAGGGUGAAGUUACUUUCUCGCCAUAUGCUAACUCUGGCGCGUUCUCUUUGUCAAACGCUAUCCUCAAUGGUGGCUCUGUCUCCGGUUUGGAACGUAGAGCAGAAGAUGAAGGUUCAGAAAACAACGGUGAAAUAAAUCUGGACAACGGAAGUACCUAUGUUAUUGUCGAGCCCGUUUCCGGAAACGGUACAGUCAACAUUAUCUCUGGUAACCUCUACUUACACUACCCAGACACCUUUACUGGUCAGACUGUUGUCUUCAAGGGAGAAGGUGUUCUCGCCGUUGACCCAACUGAGACCAACGCUACUCCUAUUCCCGUUGUUGGCUACACUGGUAAAAACCAAAUUGCCAUCACCGCUGACAUCACUGCUCUUUCUUAUGACGGUACUACCGGUGUUUUAACCGCAACCCAAGGUAACAGACAAUUCUCUUUCGCUAUCGGUACUGGGUUCUCCAGCUCUGGCUUCAGCGUCUCCGAAGGAACCUUUGCCGGUCUUUACACUUAUUAUCUAAACUACGAUGGAGUUGUUGCUACCAGUGCUGCUUCUUCAUCCACUUCCACCGCCACUUCUACCACUACAUCCGCUGCCACAUCCGCUGCCACAUCCGCUGCCACAUCCGCUGCCACAUCCGCUGCCACAUCCGCUGCCACAUCCGCUGCCACAUCCACCAUCUCUGGCGCAUCCACUUCUGCCGCUGUCUCUGGCUCAGUCUCCCUAUCAUCUAGUGCCUCUUCCUCAGGUGUAUCCAACUCCACCACAGUUUCAGGCUCCGUCGGUUCCUCGACCUUGGCCUCCGCUUCAAUCACUUCUUCAGCCGCUGCUGGCACCGCUUUCACUUCCGGUACCGCAUCUGUCUACACCACGACAUUGACCUACGCAAAUGCCACAAGCACAGUCGUGGUUUCCUGUUCAGAGGCAACUGACGCCAGAGGCAACAUCUACACAAUUACCAAAACCGUUCCAUGUUCUUCUACUACCGCCACAAUCACUUCUUGCGAUGAAAACGGGUGUCAUGUUCCAGCACCAACCGCUACCGACGCAACUGAAACCGUUUCUUCCAAGUCAUACACCACUGUCACUGUUACUCACUGUGAUGACAACGGCUGUAACGUCAAAACCGUCACUACUGAAGCUCCUAAACAAACUACAGCAACCACUGCUACUGUUUCUGAAAAAACUUACACCACCAUCACUGUUACCCAAUGCGAUGACAACGGCUGUAACGCCAAGACCAUCACCUCCGAAGCUCUCAAGCCAACUUCAUUGAGCACUGAAUUUAGCGCAGUUUCCAAGUCUGCUGCCCCAACUUCCCAAGCUAUCGCUUCUAGAAUCUCCACCGGUAUCGUCGUUCAAUCUGAAGGCAUUGCUGCAGGUCUAAAAACCAACGCUUUGAGCACCUUGGUCGGUAUUUUUGUUCUUGCUUUGUUUUAA